GUAAGAAGGCAUCAGUUGGCUGUCUGAACACAUUUCAAGCUAAACGCAUCUUCCAAACAUGCAGGUCCUCUCCCUCGCUCUUUUCAUCGGCAUCGCCGUCGCUGUCAGCGCUUAUGCGCCUGGCACCAAGGUAACCACUGUGACCACCAGCGUCACCACCGUUACUCUUGACGAAGAAAGCACCGGCAUCCUCAGCUCUCACGAACGCAGCAUCAUCCGCAAGACCUGGGAUCAGGCCAAGAAAGAUGGUGAUGUUGCUCCUCAAGUUCUUUACCGCUUCAUCAAGGCCCACCCCGAAUACCAAAAGAAAUUCAGCAAGUUCGCUGAUGUUCCUCAAUCCGAAUUGUUGAGCAACGGAAACUUCUUGGCCCAGGCUUACACCAUUUUGGCCGGUUUGAACGUCGUCAUCCAGUCCCUGUCCAGCCAAGAGCUUUUGGCCAAUCAAUUGAACGCUCUCGGUGGUGCCCAUCAACCCCGCGGUGUUACCCCCGCCAUGUUCGAGGAAUUCGGUGUCAUUGUUGAACAAGUCCUAGAAGAAGAGCUCGGUAGCACCUUCAACGCUGAGGCCAGAGAUGCCUGGAAGAACGGAAUCCGCGCUUUGGUCGGUGGAGUUUCCAAGACCCUCAAGAACCCCGAGGAUUUGGUCGAUCCCCAAACUAAACUGUCCCUCCACCAGAUCCGCGAUGUUCAGAGAAGCUGGGAAACCAUCCGCAAUGACCGCAACGCCAUAGUCUCUUCCAUCUUCAUCAAGCUCUUCAAAGAGACUCCUCGCAUCCAUAAGCACUUUGCCAAGUUCUCCGGAGUCGCCGUCGAUGCCCUGUCUGCCAACGGCGACUACAACCAACAAGUCGCUCUCGUCGCUGACCGUCUGGACACUAUCGUCUCUGCUAUGGAUGACAAACUGCAGCUUUUGGGCAACAUCAACUACAUGAAAUACAGCCACAUCAAGCGUGGAAUUGCCCGUCAAACUUUCGAGGAUUUCGGCCGUUUGUUGAUGGAUGUUUUGGGCGCUAAGGGUAUCUCCUCCGACGAUUUGGACUCGUGGAAGGGUGUUUUGACCGUUUUCGUUAACGGAGUUUCUCCCAAGAAUUAACAAGCUUUUCGAUUGGUUUGGGAUAUGUUUUAGCUGAAAAAUAUCAUUCCACACGGUUUUUGUUUCAAUACACUUUUAUAACGACA